AUGCCACCGAUUAACGGAACAGUGGAAAACUUAGCAAAUGAAGCGCUUACGAACGAUGUGAUCCCCUUUAUGAUCGGCUUAGGCAUUCUGGGGAGCCUCCUGUUGGGUUUAUCGGCAACGUUGAUUGUGCUUUGUAUCUUGCAGCGUCGCCGCAAAAACCACAAGGAUUACAGCCAAAUUGAAAGCGACAGUGACUCUGAAGCUAUACUCCUAAACCAGCGGCCACAAUCAAAUAGAAGAAAGGUCAACCUUAAAAAGAAAAGUGUAUCAGACGAACAAUUGCUGAAAGAGACCUUCUUAAAGGAAACAGAUGCAUUUAAGCCGCUUCUGCGUGCCAAAAAUGCAGCCCCAAUGAUUGAAGUUAAGAAUAUGGAUGACUAUAUCCCUUCAACUGUUGUUAUACCUGUCCAGUCAGUUGCGACGCCGCCAGCGAAAGUAACCGAAGAAGGCGCCAGAGUCUCGGAAAAUAUUGAAGAAAAGCCCUGUGCGGAAUUAUGUCAGGCUGAAUCAACAACGUCUGAUAACACGCUGUCAGAGGCAUUGAAUUACGCCCUGCUCACGAAUCUAGUCCUGACAUGUCGUACUUACCGUGUAAAGAAUUGUAACAUACUUACACUGAUCUUAAAAUUUGUCCUUCAGGCUGAAAAAGUCUGA